AUGAACUAUGAAAAAAAAAGAGAAUACUAUGUUACUAGCGUGAUUACUUACAGUCAUUUGUACAUAACUAUUAAUAAAGCUGUGGCCUACAGACUCAUUAAGGAUGAUCUUGCUUUGGACGGAAAUCCUGCUUUGAACUUGGCUACUUUUGUGACAACCUACAUGGAAGACGAAGCUGAGAAGUUGAUGGCCGAGAACUUGUCCAAGAACUUCAUCGAUUACGAAGAAUACCCUCAGAGUGCUGAACUUUGCAACCGUUGCGUAAACAUGAUUGCCCGUUUAUUCAAUGCUCCUAUGGACAACCCUUGUUUUGAAUCUCUCGGUUGUUCUACCGUUGGUUCUUCAGAAGCCAUCAUCUUGGCUACUCUUGCCAUGAAGAGAAAGUGGCAACUCAGUCGCAAGGCCAAGGGUCUUUCUACCGAGAACCCAAAUAUCGUCAUGGGAGCCAAUUGCCAAGUAGCGUGGCACAAGGCUGUUAGAUAUUUGGAGAUUGAGGGUCGCGAAGUUGAGUGUACCGCUGACUUGCUCUACAUGGACCCCCAGAAGGCUGUGGAUCUAGUAGAUGAGAACACCAUUGGUGUCUGUGCCAUUCUUGGAUCUACUUACACUGGUCACUACGAAGAUGUUAAGGCCAUCAACACUCUUUUGGAAGAGAAGUGCGAGGAAAAUGGCUGGGACGUUGGAAUCCACGUUGAUGCUGCCAGUGGUGGCUUUGUUGCUCCUUUCGUCGUCCCUGAGCUUGAAUGGGACUUCCGUCUGAGCCGCGUUGUCUCUAUUAACGUCUCGGGUCACAAGUAUGGUCUGACCUACGCAGGUGUAGGAUGGGCCAUCUGGAGAAGUCCCGAGUACCUUCCCAAGGAUUUGAUUUUCAACAUCAACUAUCUCGGAAGUGACCAGGCCUCCUUUACUGUUAACUUUAGUAAGGGUGCUGCUCACGUCAUUGCCCAGUACUACGUUCUUAUUCGCUUGGGUCGUCGUGGAUUCCAAAAGAUUAUGAGCAAUUUGACUGACACUGCCGAUCAUCUCGCUGAGCGACUCAAGGCAACUGGUCACUUUGAGAUUCUUAGUGAGGGUGGUGGAAGAGGUCUUCCUCUCGUCGCUUUCCGUCUCAGCACUCCCCAUCACUAUGACGAGUUUGAUAUCGCAAGACGUCUGCGCCAGCGUGGAUGGAUUGUCCCCGCUUACACCAUGGCUCACGAAUUAGAGCACAUGAAGCUGUUACGCGUUGUAGUUCGUGAGGACUUUUCUCGUUCUCGUUGCGAACUUCUUGCAAGAGAUGUUGUUUCUGUCCUGAAAACAUUGGAUCUCCUUGAUGAAAAGUCUAUUGAAGCACACCGGUGA